AUGAAAAGUACAAUAUAAUUAAAUUAAACUUUCUGGUUGAAUUUAGAUAUUUCCAUCAUGGGCAUUCUCUGCAGUUGCUACACUUGAAAUCAACUCUGAUAUUGAACUCAACAAGAGAUAUGUCUUGUCUGAAUAAGAUUUAGUUGACUGCACAAGAUCAUAUGGCAAUUAAGGAUGCAAAGGCGGUUAGGUGGAUUAAGCUUAUCACUAUGUUCUUGACUAUGGUUUGACUGAAGCUAAAGAUUAUCCAUACACUGGUAAGGAUGAAGAAUGCCAGUCCUCAGCUAAUAGACCAUUCUAACAUCUUGCAGGAUACUAUCUUUAUGAAACAUGCAGUUAAUUAGCUGAUGCAAUCUAAAAAAGAACAGUCGCUGUUGCAGUUGAUGCCAAUUCUUGGUAGUUCUAUGGUAAUAAUUUAAAUUUAUUUUUUUAGCAAGUGGUGUCCUUUCAGAAUGUACUAAAGACUUAAAUCACGCAGCCGUCCUUGUUGGUAUCUCAGCUGAUGGUGUUUGGAAGAUCAGAAACUCAUGGGGAGCUACUCGGGGAGAAGCAGAAUUACUCAAGGUGAUACUUGUGGUAUAUGUUCUGAACCAUGUUCCAUACAUCAAUUUAUCAACAAUAUCAGUGAUUUUACAAACUAUUUACUUGAUUGAAUAAUUACACAAAAAAUUAAUCAGUUUUUUUAAUAUUUAUUAAUGA